CAAACACAGAAGGAAGGGGGCUGUUGUGGUGGCUCCUUCACCAGCUCUCCUCGAGGAGACUCAAUUUUACGGAUGACUGAGGCCAGUCUUUCCUGACAAUGGGAAGGUCCGGCUUGUUGGGAUGGCAACCAAGGGGGAGGGCCGAAGCCAACGACAGCAGGAGAGAGGCGAUUACCCCUGAAGAGGAUGUGAGGGAGGAUGCUGCUGUCCUCUACUCACCCUCGUCUAAAAGACCCUCAGCACUUCCAGCAAGCACCCCGCUUCCCAAAGUCCCAAAGUCCUUCUGUGUCACAGAUUUCAACUAUUUUGGCAUACAAAUCUGAAGAUACCAAGGAGGGCAUCUGUACCGAGCAUGUCAGCAGUGACGGUUCAGCCCCUCCCAUUCGGUCGCCUGGAGAGGGAGAAACACAUCGAGACGCUUUUCCGAGCCUUCCAGCGCAGACUGAGGUGGUCCGCGGAUCCGGAGGUACCUAUGGCGUCCCACUCUCUGGGGGGUCCCGUUUCCCCUCAGCUCCCCAGUCCAGAUGUGCCUGGGCUGAGGCAGGAGAGGGAAGAGGAGGGCCAUAUGGACAUUGGGAGAGGAGCCGUAGGGGUGGAGAUGGAUAUCCGGACCGAUGGGAACCACCACACCGGCACAGAAAAAGCUGAAGGCCUGGCUCUGCUGGACUCCAUCAACCAGCUGCGCAUCACUGCCAAACCUGAGCUGCAAGGUCCACACUGUGUUCCACGCCGGACAUACAGCAUUGCCUCAGGAACCAGAGACCAGCUCUACAUAGCUGUUGAAGAAAGCUCCUGCCUGUGUCUGCAGUGCUGUGGUCCAGCACGUGCCUGCUCCUUGCAGGGUUUCGACCGGCAGGCCCAGCAGGUCUUCCUGUUCGAGAGGCCCCUCAGGGCAGACGCGUGCUGUCUGGGCUGCUGCCUGAUGGAAAUGAGGGCCUUUAAUGCCGACCACCAGCUGAUUGGAACUGUGCACCAGAGAUGGAGCAUGUUCACCCCCCUCUUUGAGAUCUGUGACUCUGAUGGGACAGCCACAAUCAGAAUCCAGGGGUCCUGUUGUCCCUGUCGCUGCUAUUCUAACCAGGAGUUUCAGGUGGUUUCAACCAUUGGAGAGAGACUGGGACGAAUAUGGAAGAAGUGGCCUGGAUUCAAUGAAGAAUGCAACAUGGACCAUGAGUUUUUUGGAUUAGAUGUCCCUCAGGAAAUGAGCACAAAAACAAAAGUUCUUCUGCUGGCUGCCACUUUCUUGCUGAAUCACAUGUUCUUUGAGAUGAGUUAACCUGGUCAGAAAUGGGCCCUGAGACGAGUCACCCAUCAGAGAGAGAGAUGGGAGGCCAUCAGCUCUGGUGAGACUGGAGAAAGUCAGAAGUCCGUCACGCCCGCAGUCGAUGCCAUAGUCAGACGCAGUGGAAAACAAUGAUCGGGAUGCAACCCACCUCUGGCACUACCACUGCUGCUAUAGAGCCACGUCAGGAGCCCAGCUUCCUGGACCAAAUGAAGAAAACAAGAUGCAUGAUGCUUCCAUCUAUCAUUUACCCAUUUAAAUACUUUCAUCUUUUUCUACCUCUCCAAAAUUAGUAAAUGCAUUUUUCUAAGACUUUUCUACAUAAAAUGAUAUCAGCUCACCUUGGAAAUACCUACACCUUUUAAAUAAUCAUUUAACUUUUCCCAAUAUUGUCCAGGCAUUACAUGUAGCUUCUUUCAGCUUUUAGUGUGUUUUCCAGAAGGAUAUGCUGACAUAUACAAUUUAACCCUAUUCCAACUACUCACUGCCUGUAUUCUUGGUGUGUAUGUAGGAUGGUUUUAUUUCUGCAGCUGUAGAAUUGUAGUACAACGCUGUCACUUUGAAGAUGUGUCCAAGUGACUAGGAUCACAAUGGGAAAGAACUCUGGACAAUGGAACAUUAAUGAACUGAGUGCACAGCAACCAAGCCUUUGAAGGUCAACCCACUGGAAAAGUUUCUGGCCAAUCAUUUUGCCACUCAUACUGCAUGUGGCUCAGGAUUUGUCCAUCACUGGCAUGCCAGCUUCCUCCUUCCAGCUGGAAGAUUGCUUUCUUCCCAUUACAAUGUCUUUGGCAGUUUUUUAAUGAGUCACCCUCUUGCCACCAAUUGUAAUUCACUUGUUGUCACCCACCCUUACUGACUACUGUAUCAGUAACUAGUUUAAAUGUUAAGUAUUCAAGUUGCUCUUAAUUUAAAUGCUUUAAAAUACUACCAGUAAAUGUCAAAUUAAUUUUUAGUACACUGCUGUUCCGAUUACAUUUUAUGUUGCAACAAUUGUUCCUAUGAUACUUUACUGCCAAUGUAAGAGACUUCUAAAACAAGCAUGGAUGUUUGGUUUAUGUUGUUAGCUUGCCAAAAAAUUUUUUCUGCAGUUUUUUAGCAGGCCAAUACUGGCAGAACCCCACUGGUCAACCACUGACACAAUGUUGUGCUGACAGGCCAGUCAAUCUGCUAUGGCUCUGUACACAAUUCAGCUAGCAACAGCUGUUUGAUGAGGGUCCCUUGUAGGCUGCCCAUUAUCAGUGUUCCAAUUAUUUUGCCAACAUAAACAGAAAAAGUGUUUCCUUGUCCGUUGUUAUUCUCUACCUGUUUAUCAAACCAAGAAAGAAUUUUGAGAUCUUCACAAACUUUCAACACUCACACAGCUGUCACUUUUUGUCAAUAUAUUGAUAUUGGUAUUUUAAGCACAAUGGUUUGAAAGCAUUAAAAAAAUAAAAGCGCUCUUCAACACUUUCUAUGGGCUGUGUUUUAACACUGCUACAAAAAAGCAGCUAUGAUACCGGUCAUAAUACUUUUUAGUACACUAUAGAUUUUUUUUUUAACGGAGUGACAUUUCAUGUAAACAUUGGUAACAUCACAGAGUAGGACACUACAGAAAUUCAAUAGCAGCAGAUGCAUAAUUGACAUUUAUUGCUAUAAUCAACCAGGUGAAAUCAGGCAACACAAUUCUCCUUUAGAAUGACAGAGCUUCCUGCAAAACAGCACCACCCACUGAAACCCAGGCAGUAGCAAGGGGGUAAUUAAUAGAUAGUGCUCCUAUCACUGAUCCCGGAUUGGAUCUGCAAAAUGGCGAACGGUUAAGAUUAGGGGUGAAUUAGCUGAUC